AUGUCUUUCUAUCAGACUGAAGAAGAUGAGAUUACAUUAAGGACAAUAUUUCCUCAGUAUUUGCUGCAGCAACCGGUGGAAAAGGAAUUGAAAUCAUUAUACUUUCAGAAUAAAAAGCUUUUUUCAACAUUUGCGUCGAAGGAGUAUAGAAAUAUAUCCAACAGAUCUUCUAAAACUACAGAAGAUAGGAUCCACCAGUCAGAGAAUUCUAUUUCCAAACUACCUUAUUCAGUCAGGAAAGAAAUAUGGACAAAAUUGAUGAAGUUGGGCGUUUUAGGAACAAUAUCAUUUGAUAAAGCAAGUGAUAAGUAUUUAUUACAAAUAUACAGUUAUUUUUAUCCAGAUUCCUUGUUUCAAACUUUAGGUUUACAUGAUUUUUCAACCUCCACUAUCACUGCAUUUGAAUUACCCCAGGGUGAUGAAAUCUCCAGUAAAUAUGGCAAAUCUACUGAGCAAGAAAGUCUAGCUAAUGUCGAUGUGCAAGGUAGUUUUAACUCGGAGUCAAUCAGAGAGGAAGAGUUUAAUGAUACCGACGAGCCUGAUGAUGAAGAUAUAAAUGUAGGAAUUAUAGGGAGUGCUAUAAGUGAUGGAACACAAUCUUCAGCUAAUACUGAAGAACCAAGAGAUGAUAAUUAUAACAGUAAUCAAAGUGGGAACGAGGAUGAAAGUAAUCCUGAUAAUAUAGACGAUGUUGAUAUGGAUACUGACCCAUCACAUUCUAAUUUGUUGACAGAAGAAUCAGGUUUAUUGUCUUCAAAACCUUCUUCUUUAGAAAUUGUUCGCAUUUAUUCAGAAUCUAACAGAGCACAAUUAUUGUCCAAAUCUAAGUUUAAUAGUACGCCAGUAGAAUUCUAUCAACUAAUAAAUUAUUUUUUGCCAAGCAGAUGGGUAGCACAGCCUUCAACUCCGAUUAUGUUAACCAAAGAUGGUGUAACUGGAUUAGGCAAUAGCUCCUCCCGGGAUUCAUCUAAUUCACGCCAGCCUAUAUCGACUAGAAUAUCUAGAACAAAAGUUUCUAAAAAAAACAUGAACGAAUAUGCCAUCACGGUAGCCAAUAAUCCAAUAUCUACAUCAAAUUUGGGGAUAUUCUACUAUGAAGUAAAAAUAUUAAACUCAAAAAAAAUUGGAAAUGAAACAAAUGUUAUUGUAGGCUACAAAGUAUGGGAUAGUUUAAUGAAUUCAGAGAUUUUGAGUUCUGAAGAUAACUCACAAAGACCCCGAGUUUUUUCUGAUACAAAUAGUAAUAGAACUUCAACUAUAUCUUUUCCACACAGGCCAAACACAAACUCUACAGAUACAACUUCGGAAACUUGGGAUGGCAUGUAUGGUAUAUGUGGUAUUGAUGGAACAGUUUUGGGUGAAAAUAAAAAACCAUUGACUACCCCAUUUACCGUGGAGCAAACAAUUGGUUGUGGUAUUAAUUAUAUAGAUGGUUCUAUAUUUUUCACUAAAAAUGGAUUAUUAUUGGGUUCAGGUUAUGAAAGCAUUGAAGAGACAGAAUUAAUUCCAUUCAUUGCCAUUAAACCUGGGACUGAAGUAAGAACAAAUUUUGGAUUAUAUGACCACUUCUUAUUUGAUAUAUUGGGUUAUCAAGAUCAUUGGAAAGCUAAAGGGUAUCAAGAAAUCUUUUCUGAGGACACCACUCCACAUAUGAAUAAUACUGAUACAGUUGCAUAUGAAAAAAAGUCACCAAAAGCCACUACCUUUACAAGUCCGUCCAAAAUUGAUUUUGACGAUGAUUUGAUGUCCUAUCCUGAUCAAACUGAUACCUUAGAAAUCAAGGAGCACAGGAUUAUAAAUAAUGAAAUGAUUAAACCUGAAGGUGUGAAGAUUAAUUUUUUAAAUCUGAAGGAUGACUCGCUGCAAAGCACAUUAAAGACAGUAAUUAAUGAAUAUCUAGUCCACGAAGGUUUGAUCGACGUAGCUAAGGGCUUUUUAGAUGAUUUGAAGAAGUCCACAAUAAAGAAUGAUGACAUUUUCGAUCCUAUCGACAGAAAUGAAAAAGUAAUUAAAUUUAACGAGAAGAAAAUAGUAUUAGAAGAAAGUAACUUGAAAGUACGUCAAAAAGUAAGAAGAUUGGUUAAUGAAGGGAAAAUAAACGAAUGCAUUCUUCUUUUGAAUAAUGAGUUCCCGGAAUUAUUAUCUAACAAUGACACAUUAUAUUUCGAGCUGGAAGUUGCGUCCUAUUUGAACACUAUAUUAGCAUCAUCAGAGAUAACAAUAAUUGACAUAAUUCAACUAGGCAGAGAAUUAUCCAAUAAAUUUGUUUAUAGUUCUUCAAUUAGCGAGGUGUUGAAGCCGACUUUCAAAAACACACUGGACGACCUUUCUAGACUUUUAGUUUAUGAAGAUCCAGUUAACGACGCACCUGGUGAGUUAAAGAAAUAUUUAUCAAGUGAAUACCUUAAGGAGAGAUUGUUUCAAAUUGUAAAUACUUCGAUAUUAAAUCAUUUGAAUAAAGGAAACGAAGACUCGUUGGAAAACAUCAUAAGUUACACUAGAACAAUGUUGCAAACAAUGAGUGAACAAAAUAUCAAAAAUCCGAGUGUAGCAAAUAAGUCAACAAUCGAAUCUGAUUCAAAUGUUCAUAAUAGUUCUUCCGAUUAUAAGUACUAUAAAUUGAUAAAUAUUGAUGAUUUAUUAAAAUUUUAA